GACAGGGACGCGCGUGCGGGCCGCAAAGCCGGGCCGGGCCGCCUCCGACGCCACGCGAGUUCCGCAGCCGCCGCGCCCGGGCCAUGGGCCGGGGGCACUGAGGGCCGCCGGGGUCGAGCGCGGAGGUGAGAGCGAGCCGGCUGCCGGGCCCUAGCGCCGCGCCAACAUGCCCCGCGGCUUCCUGGUGAAACGCAGCAAGAAGUCCACGCCCGUGUCCUACCGGGUCCGCGGCGGCGAGGACGGCGACCACGCGCUGCUGCUCUCGCCCGGCUGCGGGGGCGCUCGCGCCGAGCCCCCAGCACCGAGCCCCGGGCCGGGGUCACUGCCGCCGCCGCCGUCCGCCGAGCGCGCCCAUGCGGCGCUCGCCGCCGCGCUCGCCUGCGCGCCGGGCCCGCCGCCGCCACCACCGCCGGGCCCGCGGGCCGCACACUUCGGCAACCCCGAGGCCGCGCACCCGGCACCGCUCUACAGCCCCACGCGGCCCGUGAGCCGCGAGCACGAGAAGCACAAGUACUUCGAGCGCAGCUUCAACCUCGGCUCGCCGGUGUCCGCCGAGUCCUUCCCCACGCCCGCCGCGCUGCUAGGAGCAGGAGGCGGAGGCGGCGGUGGCGGCGCGAACGGCGCUGGCGGCGGUGGCACCUGCGGCGGCGACGCGCUGCUGUUCGCGCCCGCCGAGCUCAAGAUGGGCACGGCGUUCUCGGCCGGCGCCGAGGCGGCUCGCGGCCCGGGGCCCGGACCCCCGCUGCCCCCCGCCGCCGCCGCCGCCGCCCUGCGGCCCCCGGGCAAGCGGCCCGCGCCCCCUUCCUCUUCCUCCGCCGCCGCCGCCGCCGCCGCGGAACCCCCAGCCAAGGCAGCCAAGGCCUCCGGCGCCAAGAAGCCCAAGGCCAUCCGCAAGCUGCACUUCGAGGACGAGGUGACCACAUCGCCCGUGCUGGGGCUCAAGAUCAAGGAGGGCCCGGUGGAGGCGCCGCGCGGCCGCGCCGGGGGUGCUGCGCGGCCCCUGGGCGAGUUCAUCUGCCAACUGUGCAAGGAGGAGUAUGCCGACCCGUUCGCGCUGGCGCAGCACAAGUGCUCGCGCAUCGUGCGCGUGGAGUACCGCUGCCCGGAGUGCGCCAAGGUCUUCAGCUGCCCCGCCAACCUGGCCUCGCACCGCCGCUGGCACAAACCGCGGCCCGCGCCCGCAGCCGCCGCCGCCGCCCGCGCGCCAGAGCCCGAGGCUGCUGCUGCCAGGGCCGAGGCGCGGGAGACGCUGGGCGGCGGCGGCAGCGACCGGGACACGCCGAGCCCCGGCGGCGUCUCCGAAUCGGGCUCGGAGGACGGUCUCUACGAGUGCCACCACUGCGCCAAGAAGUUCCGCCGCCAGGCCUACCUGCGCAAGCACCUGCUGGCCCACCACCAGGCUCUGCAGGCCAAGGGCGCGCCGCCGGCACCCCCGGCCGAGGACCUACUAGCCCUGUACCCCGGGCCCGAAGAGAAGGCGCCCCAGGAGGCGGCCGGCGACGGCGAGGCGGCCGGCGUGCUGGGCCUGGGUGCGUCCGCCGAGUGCCACCUGUGCCCGGUGUGCGGGGAGACGUUCCCCAGCAAGGGCGCCCAGGAGCGCCAUCUGCGCCUGCUGCACGCCGCCCAGGUGUUCCCCUGUAAGUACUGCCCGGCCACCUUCUACAGCUCGCCGGGCCUCACGCGGCACAUCAACAAGUGCCACCCGUCCGAGAACAGACAGGUGAUCCUCCUGCAGGUGCCCGUGCGUCCGGCCUGCUAGAGCGCGCGCCCCGGUCCACACCCACCCCACCCCCCGGGUGCCCAGAACUGUGCCUUCGCUUGGAGACCCGCAAAAGAGAGCGGCGCCCCUGGCCCGCGGCUGCUCCGGGGGGGACAGGUGCCGUCUCCGCUCCUCUCGGUGUGGAGUGACAGUAAUCCGCAUCCUCUCGCUGGGACGCCUCCCCGACCCUCCUCUCGCGUGGUGCCUCCAGCCCUGGCUUCUGUCGCGGCGCAGCGGGAGUCGCGGUGUUUGCGUGCGCGGUGUGGGUGGGUGGGGGUCUCGGGGUCGGGGGGCGCGCUCCCCGGCGAGGGGGAGAAGCUGUUUUUUCUUGCUAGUGUUCUGUGUGUCCCUGGUCUAGACUUGCGGUUUGCUCUCCUGCCAAGCUCUGCUCUGCGUGUGUGUGUGUGUGUGUGUGUGCGUGUGUGUAGCCUACGGGUUGUUUUGGGGUGAAUCUGGAGGAAUCAAUGCCUUUAUAUUUCACAGGCUGUAAACCGAACUCCCCCACACAAUUUAGCUUUAUUAUGGCUUGUGAACUGCUGGAGUCUGGCUUUACCUUUUUGUAUGUGAACCAAUCAAAUCGCUUAAAAAAAGAAACGAGUUUUCUUUAGUAUAGCCACAAAUGCCUUGAACUGUUGUCUGUUUGGGAUUUUUUUUGGGGGGUGUGGGGGGAAGGGAAGGGACUUUCCUAAGAUGCUGUAGUAACUGCCUCAGUAUUUCAAGUGAGACUUUUUUUUGUGGGGGGGUGAUCAUCUGUGUUGGGGGUAGGACUUCUUUCUACGUAUCAUUCCCUCUACACGUAUAUGUUGAUUUACGAAGAAUUGUUAUUUAUUCUUUAUUUAUUUAUAUUAAUUAUGGAGAUUAUGAUAUUAUUUGAUUGCAAAUUUUUUUUUUUUUGGUGCGCUUUCCCUGGCCCCUGUCACUCUUGACAUUUCACUGUGCAUUUUACAAGACAGCUUUUUGCUAAAGGGAUCUGCGGGAAAAAAAGUUUUAACUUUUAUACCUAUCGGAGUGAAUUACAGACAACCUCCCAUUUUAUCCUGCUUGGAGGGUCUCCCUCGGCCCUAGUACGACCGACAGCUCUUACUUUUAAAUGCAAUCUCUUUUCUACAUACAUUAUUUUCUUAAUUGUUAGCUAUUUAUAGAAAGCUUCAAUAGAACUGUUUCAACUGUAUAACUAUUUACUAUUCAAAUAAAAUAUUUUCAAAGUCAA